UAGUGUUAGUUCAGUCUCCACUUUAUAUCCCAGCAGCGCCGAGCCCGCCCUCUCCCUUGUCCCCCAUGUGUCGCCCAUCGCGCCGCGACCGUCCAACCCAUCCCGGGACGGACCUAUGAGCUGGCAGCCGGCGUUGCCUCCAUCCCAUUCAUUACUUCAGCCGAACUCUCUGGGGUGUCUGGGCGCUGCCGCUCAGUGGCGCUGGAAGUGUCAGCGGUGUGUGUGUGUGCACACGCUGCUCUGGCGGGGUUUGGCAGCCUGUUGCUCGCUCGCUCGCAAUCCUUCCCUCCGCUCCCUGCUUGGGGGGUCAUGAACGACUCAGCACGGAUCGCCUCGGCUGUCGGACUUCACGGAGGGCAAGCAAAUGGCAAGAAUCUGGCUGAUCUCUGGUCCUUGCCCCUCUGCUGAACAGCGGCUGUAGGUUUAUCACCAAUCAGCAGCAGCGCUGGGACAAGUGAACACCCGUCCAUGCGUUCCUCCAACCUGGCCCUGCUCCCAUCACUCCUGAUUUGAUGCUCCUUCACUUGGUCAUGACCAGCCGCACUGACCUCCUGACGGAACUCCAGUUCCCGGAAAGGUUGCCCACCCCGGACCGCCUGAGAGCCGCGAAGAAGCGGCGGGCGCAGCAGCUGAAGAAAUGGGCGCAGUACGAGAAGGAGAUGCAGAACAAAAAGAGGAAAACUGACAAAAAGAAAGGCGCGGGGAACCAGAAGAGGGUCAGCUUCACUCCCAACGUAACGCUUCUGGAGGCCUCCUCCCGCAAUGACUUGGAAGAAGUGAGCCUCUUACUGAAGAGAAAUAUAAGUCCAGAUUUGUGCAAUGAAGAUGGACUCACAGCGUUACAUCAGUCUUGCAUUGAUAACUUUGAGGAGAUGGUGAAGCUGCUUUUAGACCAUGGGACCAAUGUAGAUGCAACAGACAAUGAACUGUGGACUCCACUGCAUGCUGCAGCAACGUGUCGACACACCAACCUGGUGAAGCUCCUUAUAGAACGGGGAGCAGACCUGAUGGCACUCAAUGCGGACGGGAACAUGCCCUACGAUCUGUGCGACGAUGAUCAGACGCUGGAACUCAUCGAGACGGCAAUGGUUAGCCAAGGCAUCACUCAGGAAAAAAUUGACCGGAUCCGCACGGCGAUGGAGCAGCAGAUGCUUGCAGAUGUCCGAGAGGCAAUUCAGGAGAGCUUUGAUCUAAAUACAAGAGACGCACAGGGAGCCACCUUGCUACAUGUCGUUGCUGCGAAUGGUUACUGCACAGUUGCCGAGUUACUGCUGGAAAAUGGUGCUAAAGUGAACGUCAAGGACAACGACGGCUGGGAGCCACUACACGCAGCUGCCUGCUGGGGACAGAUGCAAAUCGCAGAAUUACUGACAGCUCACGGUGCAAGUCUGAAUGCCAAGACCUACCUGAAGGAAACACCGAUUGAUCUGUGUGACGAUGAAGAGUCCAGGACUUUGCUACGACAACUCAAACACAAACACGAAAGCAUCCAGAAGUCACAGGGAAAGAACAAGUCAUCUCUGAGCAGGAGAACAUCUAGUGCUGGGAGCCGAGGAACAGUGGUACGGAGAGCCAGCGUGUGUGACCGGAACAAUUUGUACAGGAAGGAAUGUGAACAGGAAGCAAUAAUCUGGCAGCAGAUGGAUCAGAAGGAAAUGGAGAAGGAAGUCGCAAGCAGCGAUGCAGAGGAUAAAGAUUCAUCCAAAGAUCAGGAGAACAUCGGCCUGGAUUUGUCCUCCAUCUCCCAAACUGAGCAUGAACAAACCCAAUCCAUGGAAGAGCCACCUGAUACAUCGACUCCAGCAUCCCAGCGGUCGAUGUCCAAAACUGACUCCCUGAGGACACCCAGCACUGAAGACAAGCUGAACGGGCAGGUUUUCCAUGGUCGCUGUGAUGCGACCCCCUCACCACAGCUCAACAAGGACAGGAGUUGCCAGACGCUGUCAGAGUUGAAGAGACAACGGGCAGCUGCCAAGCUGAGGAAGCAGGCACCUCAGGACACUGACUUGGCAAACGGUCAGGGAAGGGUGUUGGAGAAGAACCAGCUUCACCCAAAGAACUGCUUGGUGGGCUCAAGGACAUCGGAGGUCAGUUUCAACGGGAGCUCCCCCUCCUACUCUUACUCCAGUGGGGACCCGCCAAUAUUAAAACUUAAGGCCCCCUUGGAGGAGCCGGAGGUAAAGAGACAAGGCUGCUGUAGGAUUGUGUGAUGGAAGGGAUGGCAAGGAAGACAAACCGUUGUUUCAGGAUGCAGUUCUUAGAAGCGGCUGCUUGGAUGACAAGGUUCACGUUGGAACUUCUCCGUGAAAGUACUGACAUAAGAAUGUUAACUUAAGCACUAUUUUAACUAAUUGCUCGAGGCAAUUAAAGUGCAACUUUGCGGAGUUCUUCGUUCUGUGGGGUAGGAGUGAAUGGCUGUGAAAUUGCCUGGAGCUCCUAAUACCUCUAGUGGGAUAUAGGUCACUCACUCUACUGCUGGAGUCCCUAACUAUCCACAAAGUUAAGGGUUACUCAUGAUAAUUGCUUGGAAUUCCUAACAAUCCAGCUGGUAUAUGUUAUGUACUGUAUAUUGUCUGGACUUGCCAACUAUCCAAUGAAAUACUGGUUACGAUUUCACUGUGCAUAAUUCUUGAUUCUCCUAGACAAACAUUUAAAGGGAUUAUUUCUCACCUACUGUAAUGUCAAUUCAGUGAGUCCAAUUGACUGCUGUUUAUCUUCUACAACCACUUGCUGGAAAUAAAUGUCAGCUUUAUACAGUUUAGUUCAAAAUAGAAUUUAAGCAAAAUGCGACAGAUUUAAUGACUCUUGUUGAGUAUUCAAGCAUUGUGCACUUGCCUUGUUUAAGAUUUCUGAUGUAUCAGUGUAACUUGGUCCUGAAAACACCGCACUACUCUCUUGUGGAGAAAGUUAUCAUUUUAAGUGCAAUGGUAUUGUGCCCUCACAAGGAAGAGGAAGCGUCGUGAAUAGGGGGAGAUCAAGAAAAUCGAUCUGUCAUUCCUUUUCACAGCCAGGUCCACCGUAGUCACAGAGGCAUAUUUGGUUUUAAUACCCCGCUGUACGGUAACCAUUCUUGUAGCACGCUGGUGCAACCGUUUGCAGUGCUGCCACAAAGUUUUGGUGACCACGGUUGGAUCUUGCCUCCAGUUCUGUCUGUGUGGGGUUUGCACAUUCCCUCUGGGUGCUCUGCUCUCCUCCCAUAUCCCAAGAUGUUGAUAGGUCACUUAACUACUGUAAAUUACAUCUAGUGUAUGUAUGCGGGUGGUAGGAGAAUUCGGAAGUAAAUGGUCAUUUGAGAGAGAGAGAAUGGAACUGGGAUUGAUGUAGUUGCUCUGAGAGCUAUCACAGAUCCAAUGGGCCAAAUGGCCUAAAUUGUAAGAAAAGAUGACCAAAUAUACCUACAGAAGCCAAGAGAAUUCAGUUCCUCGGGCAGGACUGACACAAACAUUGGUCUGUCCUGUAGACUGAUCUCCCUUUCAGUCCUGCCUUGUCACACUCAUCCCCAACACCCAAUCGGAGCAAACGCAUCCUGUAUAAACUUGAACAAGAAAUUGAAUCGUAGUGUAUUGCACAUUUGCACGAUGUGAUUAUAGUAACUGAAGAUCUUACAGUAUUGUUAAAGGGCAAAAUCCCACUGCAUCAAAGUUCAAAGUAAGUUUAUUAUCAAAGUACGUAUUUGUCACCAUAUACUACUUUAAGAUUCAUUUCUUGCAGGCAUUUACUGGAAAAUAAGGAAAUACCAUAGAAUUUAUGAAAAACUAUAAAUAACAAAAACUGACAAAAAUGUGCAAAAGAAGACAAAUUGUGCAAAUAAUGAAAAAGUAAAUAAAUAUUAUUGAAUUGCAGAGUUCUUGAAAAUGAGUCUUU